GUCCGCGUCCAGCCCCUGCGCAAGGACGAGCAGAACAAGACCUACGUCCUCUGCACCCAGAGCCGACCCGGCCAGCCCUGGUUGCCCCAUCAAGGCUCCGACGGCCAUAUCGUGGUGCUGGAGGAGAAGAAGUCGCUGUUGCCCCUUUGGCUGCAGGUGAUCCUCAUCGCCGGGCUGCUGGUGCUGUCGGGGAUGUUCAGCGGGCUCAACCUGGGCCUCAUGGCGCUGGAUCCCAUGGAGCUGCGCAUCGUGCAGAACUGCGGCACCGAUAAGGAGAAGCGUUACGCCCGUAAGAUCGAGCCCAUCCGCCGUAAGGGGAACUAUUUGCUCUGUUCCCUGCUGCUGGGUAACGUGCUGGUUAACACCACCCUCACCAUCCUCCUCGAUGACCUCAUCGGCUCCGGCAUCGGCGCCAUCGUCGCUUCCACCAUCGGCAUCGUCAUCUUCGGGGAGAUCGUGCCCCAGGCGCUCUGCUCCCGCCACGGCUUGGCCGUGGGUGCCAACACCAUCAUGGUCACCAAGUUCUUCAUGCUGGUGACGUUGCCCCUCUCCUACCCCAUCAGCAAGCUCCUGGACUGCAUCCUGGGCCAGGAGAUCGGCACCGUCUACAACCGGGAGAAGCUGGUGGAGAUGUUGAAGGUGACGGAACCCUACAACGACCUGGUGCGGGAGGAGCUCAACAUGAUCCAGGGAGCCCUGGAGCUCCGCACCAAGACGGUGGAGGACGUGAUGACCCCGCUGCAGAACUGCUUCAUGAUCAACAGUGACGCCAUCCUGGACUUCAACACCAUGUCGGAGAUCAUGGAGAGCGGCUACACGCGCAUCCCCGUCUUCGAGGACGAGCGUUCCAACAUCAUGGACAUCCUCUACGUCAAGGACUUGGCUUUCGUCGACCCCGACGACUGCACCCCGCUCAAAACCAUCACCAAAUUCUACAACCACCCCGUCCACGUUGUCUUCCACGACACCAAGCUGGAUGCCAUGCUGGAGGAGUUCAAAAAGG